AUGUCACCCACCUUCCAACAGCCCAACACUCUGAGGCUCCGGAGGCAGCCUAAAUAUCCUAGGAAGAGUGCCCCCAGGAGAAACAAGUUUGACCAUUAUGCUAUCAUCAAGUUUCCUCUCACUACUGAGUCAGCCAUUAAGAAGUUUGAAGAUAACAACACACUUGUGUUGAUUGUAGAUGUCAAGGUCAAAAGGCUUUCACAUAAGGCUAUGAAGCAGCUCUGCAACAUUGACAUAGCCAAGGUCAACUUCUUGAUCAGGCCGUUUGGAGAAAAGAAGGCAUAUGUUCGACUGGCUCCAGACUACAAUGCUUUGGAUGCUGCCAACAAAAUUGGGAUCAUCUAA